UUUUUGAGGAGCUCUCCGAUGGUGUUUUUAAGGAGCUUGUGAUUCGCACAACCUUCGUGUCUUGCCAUUUCCAUCUCCCAAUCUUCGUGUCUCACCGUUUCCAUUUUCACCGUCUUUCGCGUCUCGACUUCUCCAUUCUCACAGUCCUUCUUCACUUCAAAAUUCCUAAUUCCCUUGUCUUUCCCUGCUUCAAAUCCCUAAUUCUGAAAACCCAAGCAUCAUUAGGAGCUCGCCGAUGUUGCGAUUGGCGCUUUUUAGGAGCUUGCGAGUUGCACAAGGUGGAAUCAGACGUUGACCGGAGCCACCUCCUUCUUCACGACCUCCUUGACGGUGUUAACAACUUCUUCAUAGGGAAGAUUCCUCUGGGACACUUGAGAAGCCUCCAAUACUUGAGGCUCAAUAAUAACACUCUUGUUGGUGAAUGCCCAAAGUCUCUGGCUAACAUGACCCAACACAAUUUUCUUUUAUAUUUCCAGUUUGGAGGUGUUAUUUGGUGGAGACACAAGCACAAUCAACAAGCAUUCUUCGAUAUUAAAGAAGUCUACCUUGGAAACUUGAAGAGGUUUCAAUUCAGAGAACUCCGGAUUUCUACUCACAACUUCAGCAGCAAAAACAUAUUAGGAAAAGGUGGUUUUGGAAAUGUCUACAAAGGAGUUCUCCCUGAUGGUACUCUUGUAGUUGUCAAGAGGCUUAAAGAUGGCAAUGCCAUUAGAGGAGAGAUUCAAUUUCAGACCGAAGUUGAAAUGAUCAGCUUGGCAGUUCUUCUGUUUCUGAAGAGGCAGAGCCAAGUCCCUUUGUUGGUGAGUGGCAAGGUAAAUCUGUUUCCUUCAUGCGAUCCAACGAGCAUGGAAACCAUGAAACACAGAGGAAAUGGGACACUUCAGGUCUUCAUGGCUUGCCUCUCAAAUUUGUUCAAGUUGAUCAAAAUUCCAGGAAUUGGUGGAGAAAGCUUGAUAUCGUACGUGAUAUUAUAGCUGAAGGUCUACAAGGGGAAGAUCAGUUGGAAGCUCUCUUAUACUCAGCUAUCUAUCUCAAGUGGAUAAACACGGGGCAAAUAUCUUGUUUUGAAGAUGGAGGUCACCACCGCCCCAAUAGGCAUGCUAAGAUUUCAAGGCUCAGGGAGGCACUCACUCAUAAUGACAUGGAAUUUUUUAAUUUGUAUGUAUGCUUUUAUGGCAAUAGUAUAACACAUCUUAUUUCAUGCUGUUGUUAAAUUCGUGGAAUUUUAACUUAUGAAAAUAUAUUUUUUUUUCAUUAAGU